AUGGAAGUCGGAAUCAAAAACAGACAAAAUAUCAAAUUAUUUGCUCACAUCAUCAACUGUCUAUCAAAGAUCGGAGAAGAAGUUGCUUUUGAAAUUGCCGUGGACUAUGUUUGUUUAACCACUAUCAAUGCUGGAAAGUCUAGCUAUAUUCAAUUCGUUUUAGCUCAUUCCUUUUUUGAUCGGUGGGCCGUAAUUGCUAACGCUCCGAAGAAAAUCAAACUGACUCUCAAGAAUGUUGUACACGUUUUUAAAUCAGCCAAUCAUUUGGAUCAGUUGAAAAUAGUGGUAGAUAAGAAUAAGAACAGAGUCGUUUUCGAUUCAUUUGGAUUAUCUCAAGUUCAAAAAAUAUAUGAAAUUUACUUCACUUCAUGUGAUGUAGCCAAACCAGAACUUGAUUUUCAACCUGGUUUUGAAUUUGUUGCGAACGCUUCAUAUUUAUCUAAUUUACUUAUACCCUUCGGAAAACUUACUGGAGAUAUUACAUUUCUUGUCGGAAAAAGAAUAGUUUUAACAACAUCUCAACAACAAUCAUCCUCACCACAAAAUGCAAGACCAUCACAACAACAAAAUCCAGCUGGAGCCAACCCCCAACCAGAACUAAUACCGCCGUCCGCCACCACUCAAUACUAUAUCCAAAUGAAAUCAUACAAUGAGAGAAAUGCUCCAGAAAAACUUAGUGGAAUUCAAACCUCGUUGGCACUUGAUACUGGAAAUUUAGAAUCCUUCCAUGUUGUUGAGAAUGAUGAAAUAAUUCAAAUUAAUGGAGAUGAGACAGUUGCUAGACCAACUCCUCCUCUAUCAUCCAACGAAACUGUUCAGUUUGAAGCUGAAUUAUCGUUUAGUUUUAAGGACCUCAAAGCUUUAAUAAGUUUUUGUGAAGUUGCUGAAUAUAAUAUGAAUUUUUCGAUAUCUAAACUCAAACAGCAACCUGUAAUUAUUACCUCAUCUUCUCUCACCAAAGACCUUGAAGUAACAUUGAUUAUGGCAACAAAUGAUGCAGACGAUCAUUAUGAGCCAAAUACAACUGAGACUACUAUCACUUCAACUAGGAAACCAAGUCAACAACAAACGUCUAAUGAAAAUCAAAUGACUGAUGAUCAAGCAUUGAGUUCCUUCUCUACUCCUCCAAAGCAACAACCAAAACGAAAGCGAGUUGAACUAGAAGAAAGUUCAAUACUCGAAUCACGACUCAACACAACCACAGUUGGCUCAUCCAAUUCGUCAGGAAAAUCCUUACACAACCGAUUUCUUAAUGAGGAUAUCGAACCAGGAUUCCAUAUGGACAACUCUUUUGGCUUGAAUGGUGUCAACGAAAGAUAUAUCGAACUUUUUCCUCAUUCCUCUGGUACGGCUAGCUUUGCCACCCCUCCAGCUCGCAACAGCAGCGCAAUGGAGGACGAUGAAAACGAAGUUAUUGCCCAAAGGCACAUAUCAACUAAUGCCAGUAACGAUUAUGGUGACGAUGAAGAAGAAGAGGAAAUGGUCCAAGCUACUCCAUCACCAAAAAGAAAAAAGUAA